CCGUAGAAUAGCAACCGUUCCAAUCCCCACGCGCCAAUUUCAAGCUUCUCCAUAUACGCGCCUUACUUUCCAAAUCUGCAAAUCUCCAGCAAACACUUUCACCUCUUUCUCCAAACAAUUUUCAAAUUUUUUUUUUUGUAUUCAUCAAAUACAUAUCCAUUGUGUACCGGAAUUACCAAACCUUUGUAAAUUACGGAUCUUUAACGUUGUUCACUACUGAUUCAGGAAAUUAGUUUUUUUGGUUACAAGAACCUACAAUGAUGUCAAGGAGGCCUAUCAACCCAUCUCGACGUGUAGCAGACAAUGGAGCUUCUUCGUUAGAAGGCUCAAUUCGGUCAAAGACACGGUCUCCCCCAUAUUUAACAAUUGGACUUAUUAUUGUGGGUGCAUUUCUUCUCAUAGGGUAUUUUUACCGUGACACAGGUACUUUUGCCAGUAUUAAAGGAGCUAUCAGUAGAGUGGAAGGGGAUUUUUUAUGUACUGUAGAAGUUCAAAAGGCCAUUCCUGUUUUGAAGAAAGCAUAUGGUGAUAGCAUGCAUAAGGUGCUGCAUGUUGGUCCUGAUACUUGCUCGGUAGUGGCUAAAUUGUUAGAAGAGGAAGAUACCGAAACUUGGGGUAUAGAACCAUAUGAUAUAGAGGAUGCAGGUCAUUUCUGCAAGAAACUCGUGCAUAAGGGCAUUGUUCGUGUGGCUGACAUAAAAUUUCCUCUCCCAUAUCGUGCAAAAUCAUUCUCUCUUGUGAUCAUCUCAGAUGCAUUGGACUACUUGUCUCCAAAGUAUCUUAAUAGGACUCUUCCCGAACUGGCGAGGGUGUCAUCUGAUGGACUCGUUAUUUUCACAGGUUAUCCACGCCACCAUAAAGUUAAGUCUGCAGAGAAGUCCAGAUUUGGGGGGCUGGCCAAAUUGAGGAGCUCAACGUGGUGGGUGCGAUAUUUUGUUCAAACAAGUUUAGAGGAAAAUGAAGUUGCCAUCAAGAAAUUCGAGCAAGCUGCUUCGAAGAAAUCUUACGUCCCUAGCUGCCAAAUUUUUCACCUGAAAUCUUACCGUUGAUAUAAUUACACGAAAGUUAUACACAGAAGGAAUCACGCAUAGCUCGUGGAUGAUGGUCAAGAUAUGUUAUGACAACUUUCAAGUUUCAGCUGUGUUGAUAAGUUGUUGAGAAUAGCAGGUGUCUCCUUGAAAAAUUGAGUAUGCCAUCAUCUUGAUUAGUGUAGUCUUGUUAGAUAUAUGGGGUUAUGGCAGUUUGUUGAUUUAUUGCAAAAAUGGGAAUUAAAUUACUGUUUCAUUGGAGACUCUUUGUGAUUUUGGUUUUAAUGGCCAAUUAAGCCAAAUGAUAUACAUCAUCUAAACUUCUCCUUUUG